UCCAUUUUGGUUUCCUGUUGAUCGAUCUUUGAAGAGAACCGUCAGAUCUCCUUUUUAGAAAAAACAUUCAAAAAUUGGAAUUCCGAAUUCAUCUCUGAUUCCGACGUGAAAUGAAUGGCAUGAUGACAGUUGCUGAACUCCUUAGUUAUCAUCUCGAUGUCCGUAUUCUCAUCACAUAUGAUUAAAGUAUCAUUCAUGUAUCUUUGGUACAUAUGGAAACUAUCGAUAGUGGGUCCUAACAUGCUAUUCUCUAGACUUUCCAAGAAGCAGUCUCCAAGUAAAAGAGCCAAUGUUGACCCCAUUUCCACUCCAUCUGUUUGUCUAUAGAGCGUGUUUUUUAAU